AUGAGUCGUCAAAAUCAUCCAUUUUAUGAUAAACAUGAUGAUCGUUUAAAAGCAUUAUGGACAAUGGAUCGAUCAAAUUCAAAUGUUCAAGAAAAAUUAUCAAAAUUAAAAGAAGCAGUUAGUAAAGGUUCGGCCUCUGGUUUAAUUGAUAUAUAUGAUGAUAAAACAGGAGAAGCUCGAGCUAAAGUAACUCCAUUAAUAAUAGCAUGUUUUGAAGGAGAUUAUGAUACAAUUCAAUAUUUAAUUGAUAAUGGUGCUGAUCCAAAUCAAUGUGAAAGUGAACAUAAUUUAACAGCAAUUCAUGUUCUUGUUGAUGGUCCAUAUAAAGGACAAACAAUAACAGAAAGUCAACGUGCCCAACUUAUUAGAAAUUUGGUUAAAAAAGGUGGUGAUGUUAAUCAUAUUGAUAAACAUCAAUUAGCACCUAUUCACAAAGUUGCAAUAAAUGAUCGUCCUGAUUGUUUGGAUGCAUUAAUUGAAGCUAAUGUAGAUCCAAAUAUUGUUUUUAUGGGUGAAAGAGCAGUUAGUAUUGCUGCAAGACAAAAUCGAGAAAAAAUUUUGAAAAAAUUACUUGAUUAUUCAAAAACAAAAACUGAUGUUAGAAAUGAUAAUGGUGGAACUAUUUUACAUUUUGCUGCUGCUGGAAUGAUUGAUACUUCUGAAUGUGUUGAAUUAUUGAUAAAAGCUGGUUUAGAUGUCAAUAGUAAAGAUCAACGAGGAAAUACUCCAUUAAUGGUUGCUUGUUUUUUCAAUAAACCUCGAAUUCUUAAAACACUUCUAUCAGCUAAUGGAGAUUUAACAAUUAAAAAUAAUGAAGGAAAAGAUGCAGUUGCUAUUUGUGAUGAAAGAGAUGUUGAAGAAUGCAAGGCUAUUAUUCAACAAAAAUAA